CGGAAAGGUUCUUGGGUCUUAUUUCGAUGACAAUGAACCUGCUACAGGUCUACACUACUUGGAAAUACAUAGAAAGGGAACCUUAGUACUGAACUUGGUGGAUAACCUAGUAUUUAUGUUCAAGUCAUCAACCGGAUAUUGAUAGACAAGGUCAGGAUAGCCUUACGUCAUAUUCAAGUUUAGCUUGAGUCCUUUCAGCUCGUCUAAGCUAUCGACCAGACAUAAACCAGUAUUGACAACUAUUCUAUCUUUGCCUUCACGUGAAUAGAUUUUUAAAACUAUUUUUCAAAACUUUAACGAGAUAACUUUUGAAACGUUCAAAUCGCCUAAAUUACUAGCGACAAUUAUUUAAUACAUCACCUAAACCAGUGGUUAUUUUAACUCUACGGGAAAACAAACGAUUCGGCUUUUCAAGUCUUCAACAGGCUAUUGACAGGUGGGAUUAAAUCAGAAAUUUUGCUUUCAAGACAUCAUUAACAUGUUACAGCUUAAGUCCCUACUGCUGCUAAACAGUUUUUUCUUCACAAAUCAUUGUAUUACAGAUGUCUUGCUUAGUCCUCCAGACAUCACAAAUCCAACAGAAGCAGUGACUUUGUACAAGGGUGAACUUGACUUUGUUGUCAAAUGUGAAGCUACUGGUAUACCAAAACCAACAUUUCAGUGGAAAAGAAAUAACCAAGAUAUCCCUCCUAGUAGCUACAUUACCUAUGAUGCCAACACUGGUGACUUAACUUUUAAAGGGUUUUCAGAGCGAGAAGAAGGAGAGUACAGAUGUUAUGCAUCAAAUGUUUUGGAACAAACUACAGCUGUCAGUGUCUCUCAACCAGUCACUAUUAAAAAAUAUCGCUUUCUGAGACCGGAUAGUAACCUUGCUACUGAACCAGUUAGCAUCAAACAAUAUGACUAUGUCAAAUUAUUUUGUAAAAAGGACAAACUAGAAGUAGUGGCUGAAAGUAUAAACUACAACUGGUAUUCUAAAAGUAAUGACAUGCUUUCAUUAGAUGAUGGUCGACUGUACAUUGACCAAAAUGGGGAUCUGCACAUAAAUUAUGCCAAGACAACUGAUGCUAGUGAUCCCUUUGGUAGUAAGUGUGGUCUGUCAGGUCGAAGCAGUGCCAACAUUGUUUUCGGGGAUGCAUACAAUCUGUAUGUUACACCUGUAACUCAGAUUCCAGGUCAAGCUCCUGUACUAAAAUGGUUUUCUGCAAAUGUAGUGGCCGAGAUGUCUCACUCAGCUAGACUAGAGUGUGUUUUCAGUGGAUAUGACCCAAUGCAACCAUUACCAACCAUCACUUGGACGUUAGAUGAUGGCUCAAUAAUAAGCACCAACCAAAAAUACAAUGUGUCAUCAAAUGGAAGAUCUCUCAUAAUCUACAAGUUAUUGGAACAAGAUGAGAGAAAUUAUUACUGCAAGGCUAAAAAUAACUUUGGAGAAAGUAAUCCACAUCAAGUUUUUCUCAACGUCACAAGUAAACCCAUCUUCUAUGAAAACAAAGCGCCAAGAGAUGUAACAGUUUCCCAAAAUAAAGAUGUGACAAUUCCAUGUGAAGCUAGGUCAGCUUCUGGGGAGACACCUCCAUCUCCUGCACUUUGGUAUGUCAAUGGGAGACAAACUGGACAACAUACAAACAGGAACAAAAUUGAUGUCAAGGCUAAUUCACUAACAAUCAAAUCCAUCAAAAAACCAGACGAUAUUAUGUGUGUCGUGUGUAUAGUUUCUAAUUCAGUUGGAGAGACAAUGGGUGAAGCUUGUGUCAAUGUUAUUUUGCCUAUUGAUUUAACCCAACCAGUCAAUGCAAAUCAAGAGAUAGCUUUAGGAGACUUUAUAGAAUUAACAGUCCUAGCAAAAACUGAUAUAUCCCAACAGCUUAAUUACAAGUGGACUCACUUUAGAAAUAAAAAUGACCUUGUUGGAGAAGAACCAAAGUUUACCUUCUAUGAUCCUGUGACAAAAAUGGCCUAUAUAAAUACAUUUGGAAUGAGUGAAUCAGAAUUCGAAUCUGUUGGUGGUGAUUAUGUGGUGAACAUCUCUCACCUGUAUGAUUACAGAAUUGAACGUAUUCAUGUCACACUUCAAGACAAGCCUGCUCCAGACGAUAUGUCUGGUCAAUCAAAUUUGGUUCCCAGAAUUCUCUACUUUUUGACAACAAUUCUGACUUUAUUCUUUUCAUUGUGAAAGCAUAAAACCUCUUUUAACCUGUGUAAAAUAUACCAAAUAAAUAUAAAUCAAAAUAUAUAAUCAUAUACAAUCAUUUUUUUUUACAUUUUAACAAUCAUCACACCUGCUUAGUAGCACUUUGGUAAAUAACUGCAGUUACUGCACUAACAAUUAUAUGGAGAAAAUCGAUACUUGUUUUUUUUUUCUUGUCCAAUAAACGUAUUCAUGUUGUCCCUUUUUGGAAAUAAAUCAAUAUAUAAGAUAUAAUAUUGUUAUAACUCUGCCAUGCGCACCGCAAUCCAGGCUAGUGCAGAAAGAAGAUUCGCACUAUUAGUGAUAAGACUAAGUCGGAUGUUGACAUGAGAGAGACAACGAUUUCCGCCCAAGUGAGAGCGGAUGUAAAGAUGCUGUGCUCAAGACAUGUUGUUCUACGUGUAUUUGUGAUGUCCUGUCAAUAAACAUCAAUGUCUCUUUGA